GACAGCAGAAGUUUGGGACUGGGUAAGAGGAGCAGAAGUUUGCCCAGCAGAAGUUGCUCUGAAUCAGAGCUCUACAUCCAGCAUGUUGCCCUGUGGACCAGCUUUGUCCUUUGUUCGGUGUCUGGUGCGGAAGAAGAAUGUCGGUGGUGAAAGUCUGGAGGACACCAAGUUGUGCCGAUGCUUGUCGACGGUGGACCUUAUAGCCCUGGGAGUAGGGAGUACCCUUGGUGCUGGUGUUUAUGUCCUUGCUGGGGAAGUAGCCAAAUCCGAUUCUGGACCUAGCAUCAUCGUUUCUUUCCUCAUUGCUGCGCUGGCAUCUGUGAUGGCAGGUCUCUGCUACGCCGAGUUUGGUGCUCGCGUUCCCAAGACUGGUUCUGCGUAUUUGUAUACUUACGUAACCGUCGGUGAACUGUGGGCUUUUAUCACUGGUUGGAAUCUCAUUUUAUCCUAUGUAAUAGGUACAUCAAGCGUAGCGAGAGCCUGGAGUGGCACAUUUGAUGAACUUCUUGGAAAACAGAUCGGUCAUGUGUUCAGAACCUACUUAAAAAUGAAUUCCUCUGGGCUAGCAGAGUAUCCCGACAUCUUUGCUGUAAUUCUUAUACUGCUUUUAUCAGGUCUUUUAUCCUUUGGAGUAAAAGAGUCUGCAUGGGUGAAUAAAAUUUUCACUGCUAUUAACAUCUUGGUCCUACUCUUCGUUAUGAUUUCUGGCUUUGUGAAAGGAGAUGCUCACAACUGGAAAAUUAGGGAAGAAGAUCUCAUAAACCUUACGGCAUUAACAGAGAAUUGCUUAUCCUGUGAGAAUGUGACAAGUAUAUAUGGGAGUGGUGGCUUUAUGCCAUAUGGUUUCACAGGAACAUUGGCUGGUGCUGCAACCUGUUUUUAUGCUUUUGUAGGAUUUGACUGCAUUGCGACAACUGGAGAAGAGGUCAAGAAUCCUCAGAAAGCCAUACCCAUAGGAAUUGUGGUGUCCCUGCUUGUCUGCUUCAUGGCCUAUUUUGGGGUUUCAGCUGCACUGACACUUAUGAUGCCAUACUGUCUACUAGAUGAGAAAAGUCCUCUGCCAGUAGCAUUUGAAUAUGUUGGAUGGGGUCCUGCGAAAUACGUUGUGGCAGUGGGAUCUCUCUGUGCUUUGUCCACAAGUCUUCUCGGCUCUAUGUUCCCUUUGCCCCGAAUUCUGUUUGCCAUGGCACGCGAUGGUUUACUCUUUAGUUUUCUUGCCAAAGUGAGUAAGAGGCAGGCACCAGUUUAUGCCACCUUGACAGCAGGGGCCAUCUCUGCUAUAAUGGCAUUUCUGUUUGACCUAAAGGCUUUAGUGGACAUGAUGUCUAUUGGUACACUUCUUGCUUAUUCGCUUGUGGCAACCUGUGUCCUCAUUCUUAGAUACCAACCCAGUUUAACCUAUGAGCAACCAAAAUAUUCUCCAGAAAAGGCAGCUUUGGCUGCAUCUGAAAGGGAAUCUGCAGUAAGUGAAUCACAGAUAAAUAUGAUACAAGAUAAUCGCUUCAGUCUUCAGGCCCUGAUUAAUCCAUCCAGUUUUCCUACCGAGCAGACUGCAACUACUGUUACAUUUUUAGUGGGUCUCCUAGCUUUCUUGGUUUGUGGCUUGAGUGUCCUCACUACUUACCGGAUUCAUUUCAUUGCUAACUUGGAGCCCUGGAGUAUUGGCCUUCUUGCUGUGUUGGCGGCAUUUUUCAUAGUUACCAUUCUCCUCAUCCAAAGGCAACCUCAGAACCAGCAGAAAGUGGCCUUCAUGGUUCCGCUAUUGCCAUUUCUGCCAUCAUUCAGUAUCCUGGUAAAUAUUUAUUUGAUGGUACAAUUAAGUGGAGACACUUGGAUCAGAUUUAGCAUCUGGAUGACACUUGGCUUCCUCAUUUACUUUGCUUAUGGCAUCAGGCACAGUCUUGAAGGUCAUCGUAGCGACAGAGAUGAUGAUUCUUGUUCAGAAAACAGUGGGUUGCAAGAAAAGAGCCCUGUGGAAGAAGUGGAUGAACCUGAAAAUGCAAACGAAAGGGAUCAAUUUCUUGCACAUGAAAGGACAAGUGAAUGUUAA